AUGACCGCACCAACUUCUACAACAAAAGCCUCAGUGCCUAACCGGCGAAUCUACCUUUUUAAAAAUAAAACAGUGCCCAAAGAUCCGUACCAUGAUCUGUUUUUGGAGCACGGGUUUGAGCCGGUAUUUGUGCCGUUGCUGCGCCAUAAGUUCAUCAAUACGGACGAGCUGCGCAUGCUGGUGCAAUCUGCAGAGUUCCAGAACGGCAACAGUGCAAUCAUUAUAACCUCGCAGCGCGCAAUCGAGGCUGUCAACGAGGUGCAUGCAUCAGUAGGUCCAGAGGCCCAACAGGCUCUGGUAAGCCGCCCAGUAUAUACGGUAGGACCAGCGUCUGCGGCUGCAUUGGCACGGGCUGGGUAUAAGGAUGUUCGUGGGGGGGCAUCUGCAGGAAACGGAUCAGUGUUAUCAGAGAUUAUAGUACGGGAGAGUGAGGAAAGGCCUGGGGAGAUUGGGGAGUAUGUAUUUUUUACUGGAGUCACUAGAAGAGACAUUAUUCCUGUUCGACUACGGGAGGCACGACUAAGGCUUGCGGAGCGGGUUGUGUACCAGACACUUGCAAUUGAGAAUUUGGAGGAGCAUGUGUUGAGAUUAAUUUCUGAGGAGCUUGAGCAUGUGGAGGAAGAAGAGGAGGGGGAAAAUGGUGAAGAGUUAGAGCAAGAAGUUGUGGAGGAGAUUGAAGAGGAAUUAUUAGAGGAUUUAAAGAAGAAGGCAGGAGGAGAAGGAGAAGAAGGAGGAGAUCGGCCAGAUCCUUACUAUGUAUUUUUUUCACCUGCAGAGGCGGAUCCAGUGGUAGAAGCAGUGCGGCGGAUUUCUGAGCACCGGGCAGUUCGUGUUGCGGCUAUUGGGCCUACGACGGAGGAAUAUUUAGAGGGCAAGAGACUUCCAGCACGGGUUGUUGCUAGGAAGCCUGAUGCGGUUCAUUUGGUAGCUGCGAUUGAGGAGGAUUUAAAGAUAAUAUAG